AUGCAUAACCCCAACCAAAAUCCACCAAUUGCCCAGCCAAGAGCAAGAGCAGCUUUUAGGGGUCCACGUCCACAAUCCGAAUCAUUUCAGAGAACUCCUGCAUCUGGUCGAAGGCCAAGAUCACAAGUAAUCACACCUUCUACUAAUGUAUUUAUCAAUUAUAUUCCUCCUCGCUUUACAGAGCAGGAUUUAAGGAAUUUGUGUUCUCAAUACGGAGAAAUCAUAAGUAGUAAAAUUAUGAUUAAUCUCGAAACUGGCCAGUCCAAGUGUUUUGGAUUCGUAAAAUUUAGGGAGCUUUCACAAGCUCAUGCUGCUAUUCAAGCUAUUGAUGGAAUGUCAAUAGGCAACAAAAGACUUCUUGCCAAAUAUGCUGAAAGCCAAGAAAAGCACGAAAAACUUUCCACGAUGUUAUACAUUAAGCACUUGCCUUUAUCCAUUGACGUUAACGGUGUUUACCAAAUUUUUUCAAGAUUCGGUGAAAUUACUCAAGUUUCACCACACUCUGUUGAUUCGACUGAUCCUCAAUACUGGCGCUGCUUCGUUAGGUAUCAAACUCAGGAAGCUGCAACUGAGGCCAUGUCAAUGAAUAAUCAAAUCAUCGUGGAAGGUUCUCGCCCAAUUCACGUCAAAUAUGCUGAUGAAGCUAGACUAAGUGGAUCUUUUGUCCUCCCGCCUACUGGUUCUACACCAAGUGCACCUACCGAAGAUGAACAAAGAAAACUCUUACCGAGCUUUUUCUUCAACUAA